CACCACGUACUCACGUAGUCUCGGUGCACUGGUCCCUUUAAAAUUUGAAUUGCUGUCGGUUACAAAGUCCAUCGCAACCGCACUCGGCGAGAGGUUGCGACAAGUGGCGACCUGUUGAAUGUCGUGCUGAAUCCAGUGGACGAGGAAUUGGACGAGGAUCUGCGACGUGAACCAGUUGGAGUAAUAAUAGUAUAAACGCGAACGCAGACGUAAGGAUGUCGGAUUCGAGCGGGGACAACGCCAAGUACAAGUGGACGCCCGAGAGCACCGCGCUUCUCGUCUCAGUGUGGUCCGAUCGACAAGUACAGAAGCAGCUCGAAUAUGCUCCCCGGCCACAGAUAAUUUGGGAAAGCGUAGCACGUUACAUGAGAAAGAAAGGCUACAAUGUCGUAGGCAAGCAGUGUCGAUCGCGCAUGAAGCAGGUGCUCGUGUGCUAUCGUGAGGCCAAACGAGCGGGCACUCGUGCUGGUGUGGAACAAUACUAUGAGACCAUUGAUCUAGUGUUAAAGAAUAAGCGAUUGGAGCAGACCAAUAUCAAUGUUGGCGUGGACACAGUAGAUGCAACCGCCAAUUAUGUGAAAUCACCUCCAAAGGAUGUGAAGACUAACAAGAAUUUGCAGAUGAGAUUGAAAGUUCAGGAGCCUGUGCAAUCUCUCUUUCGAACGGAGGCUCUAUCCCCUACAUGGACAAUAGGAUGUGAAAAUGAUUAUCCAGAUUCACCCGAAUCCAAUGAGACCAUAAUAGCCAAGCCAUAUAGAGUGUUCUCCCCUACAAGAGAUGUUGCUAUAAAUACUGGCGAGCGUUUUGUUCAAAUUGGCAAUCGAGCCGUACAAACAAAUCCAAUAGAGAAACCAAUGCGAGAGAACUAUCAGCCAAACUUACUGACUUCUUAUCCAUAUGGAGAAAUUCCUUAUCAGAAUACAGUGCAAAAUGUUCAAAAUCAGAUUAUUCAAGAAAACAUGCAACAAUAUCAAAAUAUCCAGCAGCAAAAUUGUGGAAUCGGAUGGAAUCAAUUGCCGCAACGGAAUGUGCCGGCGAACAAUCAGUUCGGUUACCAACACAAUGUGAAUCAGCAAUCCUUGCCAAAUGGAAUAACGCAGCAGAACGUAAUGCAGAAUUUUAAUGUGGAAAAUACAGCGCGUCAACAAAAUCAGUUGCAGCAAGGAGCACUGUAUGCAGAUAAUCGGGCAAUGCCGCAAGAACCGUGUAAAGUCGCGUACAGGCAAAACUUGGCGACGGCCUAUAGACAAUAUCAAGAUACUCGCCUGACUUGUACAACGAAUGUCAAACAAAACGGAUUACUGUCGCCAGACUAUUCACCGGAUGUGUCGCAGAACUUGAAUGAUGGUUUCUGCUUGUCGAAAAGCGAUGAGAAAACACAUAAUUUGAACGAGACGUAUAAUCAACCCGCUAAUUUGGACAAUCCCAAUGUAGUGGACGCGACUGUCAUGACGAAUAAUGCGACUUGUAACGACGACAGUAUGUUAUUGGAAUUUUUGUUGGAUUCGCCCAUUCCAUCGGAGAAUGGUGGAAAGUCACGGGAUAGCGCCGUGAAUACCGAUGAAAUGCCGAGUGCACCGUUUAGAAAAAAGAAAGCACAAAAAUUAGAACAGCUUGUGCUUAACGCGAUUAAUUCUCAAAAUGAAGUCGUCAAUAAGAUUUUAGCCGUACAAAACGAUAUGGUGACACGAUUUCUCGAUGUAGACAGAGAUCGACAGAAUAGGCUCGAGAAUAGAUUGGAUCAUUUACUGAACGUUGUCCAUGCUACAGUACUUAAUAAAAACGAUACGUCCUCGUCAUCGCCACCAUUGCCGGAACCUGCGAUUACUUCCUUGCUUCCGCCACCGAAGCCUGGAAUGAUCCCGCCCAAGUUGGACUUAGUUCCGCCAAAGCCUUGUCGUGUUCCUUGCACAAUACCGAAUUCAAAUAUCGAGCUAGUUAAUCAGAACCCUAUUUUGACUAGACCCGGUGUAAUAUCGCCGAUCGCUGUCAGUCCAGCAGGCAGAAAACUCGGCGCGAUAUGGUCAAAAUUAGGUCCGGUAUCCACGUCACCGUUUGUGAAAGCUCAACAACGGCUCGGUCUUCAGCUUAUGUAUAAUAAUGAUGCUCGUACGCAAUCCUCAGCGGAAAGACGCAUCGCGAAAGAAACGGGUAAACUGCAUAUGGAUAAGCAAAGUUUAAUAUACGAGACGGCUAAGUUGCUGGAGAUGGAACGUGAGCUCGAGGCGAGAAUAGAAAACGCACGAUUGGAAAUGAAUAUGAAUCAAAUUUUAACUGCACGCAGAAAGCUAUUCACGCAACGAGAACCCACUCCUAUUAUAAUACUCACUGCAGCUUUCUUAGACGCCGAGUGUCGCGCUUGCGAACAAGAUCCGCCUUAUUGCGACACCUGGGAAUCGCGGAAGAAGAUGUUUAAGUACACGCAGAAGGAUGAUCUUCUGGCUGGACAGGGCGAAAGUUACGAGUGUUUGCGUCAAUUAAAUGUGGCAACUCGACACAAUUAUCCGGACUGCGAACCGUACGAUACAUCGACUCCAGCGAAAUUACCAUUCAAUAAUAUCACCAAUAAUGACACUACAGAGCCAAAACAGACUAUCCAACAAUUGGCGCGACUUGUGAUGAACAGCGCGAGAUGGCGAGAUACUGCACUACAGAGUCAGCAGCAAAACAAAGUUCAUUCCGCAGCUGCAAUUCGACCGGUAAACCAAAACACUGAUAUCGAAUACAAUGCGACUUUCACUGCUCCGAAGGCGAAUGCACCUCCGCCAGUUCCCGAAGAACAAGGUUUCAUGAAGGGUUAUGAUGUAACGCAACAAAAACAAGGCAAUCAUAAUGAAGCAACAUCUGAUGCUGGACCACUGAAAAAUGAUUUAUGUGGUCAAUCCAAAUUUCCAAUAGGAUUUACCACCACUAUGUUAACCAUUAAUGAUCAGAAAAGCACCACUUUACCAAGACAAACAAAUGGCAGAGCGGUUAAAUCAUUAAGAUUCAGUGAGAACCCAUUGAACGAUCGCAAAAACAACGUUCGUUUUAUGGAUGAGGCGCUGGCUGAAUUACAACGAAUGUAUAUCGAACGUCAAGCCGCUCAAAAAUCAGAAAUAUUGCCCUUUACAGAUAAUAAUGGCGUGAUGAGCAUACAGAAUCUCAAUAUGAUAGAGCGUUACGUGAGCGAUCUGAAGAAAUCGAUCAAGGACAAGGAUACAGAUUCAGACAACGAUGAUGAGUUUCUCGAUACUACCACUAGUAUGCAUCCGACAUGCGUGGCACGUAGAGGCUCGCUGACAUCGAAUGGUACAGCAUCCACGGAGACAGCUAAUUCGUUAAAGCUCGGUAAAACGGCAGCUAACUGCAGAAUAAGUUAAAGAGAAAGAAAGAAUCUCAAAUAUAUAUGAUAUUUUAUAUUUUUAUUUUUAAUUUGCGCGACUCAUGUCUUCCUAAUAAUUGCUCAACUGUGUGCGUCAGUUCCUCAUCACUUGUUAUUUCAUGAAACACAUAUUAUUUUUCUAUCAAUGUUAUUGUCUGAUCAUUAUGAUCAUCAUGAAAUCGCUUUAAAAUUCUAUGAAGAUUAAAAUUUAAAUUAAUCUAAUAUUUAAACUGAGCUAAUACACAUGACUCUUAUUAAACCUCAAAUACUCGCUUAUAGAAAAUUAUAAAUAAAUAUUA